CAUUGAGUAGUCUAGUCUUUGCAAACAUGUUGAAUCAAGUGACUUACAUCAGCGCUGGGGUUUUGGUGCUCUUGUGUGGCAGUCAAACACUAGCUAUGGACGUCGACCGCGGUACGUGCGAUGCGAACAUGACAGCCAUUAGAGACUUGGAUAUGAAACGGUAUGGGGGCUUAUGGUAUCCCAUAUUAUCGAGUCUACGGUAUAGUAAGCAUACGCCCAAAUGUUUGGCGAUCAGCAUUGAUCAGGAUGUUCGCGGUAAAUAUGUAAUCAAGAAAUCGGAAAUCGACCAAAAGUCAGGUAAUGUGGUCCGGCGAGAUGUAAAUGUAGUUAGUGUGGAUGCAACGGAUGGCAAAUACAGUCUUGAACUCAAAACGUCCCCCGAAGGCAUCGAUGUAUAUGUGCUGGAUACGGACUAUGAGACCUUCGCAAUUCAGCACACGUGCCUGGAAGUGGAUGACAUCAUAAGUCUUAAGUGGAGUGUCAUAAUGACACGAGAUCGAUUGCCGACCUCCGACAUAAUAUUGAAAGUUCGCAAUUCGGCCAAGCUCUCUGGGAUCGACCUCAAAAAAGUUGUAACCAUUCCACAGACCGGCUGCCGAAAUUAUUUUACACACAUAUGAGGGUUACAAUGGAUUAAAUAUCAUUUUAUAAAUAACAAUUAAAAAGCUUCA